AUGUCAAAGGGCUUGACGCGUGGCGAUGGCCUGCACAUCGCUUGGGGCAAGAAGUCUGGCAAGGUUUCUGGUGGCGCUCCCCUCGAUGUGAUGGGAGGGCAGAGCGAGAAGCAGGUCGACGCCGCAGGCGGCAAAAGCCAGAGCGCAGACAAGGGGAAAUCGGUAGAGAAGACCGACAAGACCAAGCCAGACGGGAAGGCCAGGCAGACUGGUCCCAGACCUCAGCCAAAGGUCGACCCACCCGCGCCGCUCCCCAUACCCGUCCCCGAGCCAGUAGAGGGGUAUUACUACCCUUCCAUACCAGCUUCACAAGAGCGUAAUCACCUCCCUCCACCACCUCAACAACCCCAACCCCCGCGCCAGCCCCUCCUCGCCCGCCUCUUCCCGUGUAUCUUCGCGCAGCCUAUCGCUCUCGGACAAGAGCAAGAGCGGUGGGAGUAUUAUCCACCCGUCCCACCUCCCCCUAAAGGCAGGCAGAACCGCGCACCUUCCCCCGCCUCAGAGAGGAGCUGGACGCACCACGAUUCCUACUUCCCCUCCUUCGAGCCCGAGGUGGUUCAACACACGUCCUUCUUUCCCAAAUUCGAGGCGUUCAAAUCGCGCUCGCAAGCUAGAGCCGAAGCCGCCGCGGCACAACACGCCCAACGUACGGGACAUCUCGUGAGCGUGCAUUACCCCGACCUACCCGCUUUCGCCGAGUACGUCAAGGCCAAGGCGGAGUGGAAAGAAACGCAGUGGGGUGCACAGAACUGGACAGGGUUUGGGUGGGCAGGGGAACGAUUGCCCAAUGCACAAGGACAGUUCUUCUCAGCUCCGAUCCCCGAGGGCGAGGCGAUGAGCUGGCGUGAUCCAUAG